AAAAGAUUUCCAAUAGAAAGAAAGCUAGUAAAAAUUAAAAACUAAAGUUGGUCUUUAAAGGUUUAUAUUUUUCUUAUAUAUAUAUACAUGGGUAUCUGUCCUUGAAAUCCAUAAAGUAGUUCAGAGUAAAGAAGGGCAAGUAGAACUUGAGGAUAGAAAACAGCUUGAAAAUGGCUCUGGGCUUCCCUAGUGCAAUGUGUAUCAUGUUCUUUGUUGCAAUGGGGUUGUGCAGUGCAAUGAAAAUGAGCACUGAUGAGGAUGUGUAUGUGGAUGUUGAUGUUGGGGUUACAUUGGCAACAUCACCAUCUUCAACUGCAAAAUCUCCAGCUGGUGCUCCUACUCCUUCCCCCUCACCAUCACCAUUACUGUCACUAGCACCAUCACCUGCAAAGCCAAAGCCAAAACACAAAGCCAAGAAGUCACCUGCACCUUCCCCUUCUCCUACCCCUUCUACCUCUCCCUCUCCUUCUCCAUCAGAUUCAUCCACUCUGAUUAAACCCAACUCCAGCGAGGGAAUGAAGAGCUUCAUAGUGGGCUUCUGGAGCAACUUGGUUGGAACUGCAUUUUUCCUGUUUUUCUUGGCCAUGGCGUAGAUCUGCAUUUGGAGAGUGUACUUCAUUAGUUUCUUUUAUGUAUUAUUAUUGUUGAAGAGUGGUCAUGGCGAGUUAUUAUUAUUCAUAAUAACAGUUUCCAUUGUACGUUUGAGUGUUGUAUAAUCCAAAAUUUUCUGUACGUUUGAAUAAUAAAAAGUUUGGAGGGGCCAUUUUCAUUUUA